UCCGCCACAGCCAUGGCUGUCAGGAAGGCAGCUUGGAGCGGGCUCAACGGACUCUUCACCGUGUACAAACCCUCCGGGGUGGCCUCGCUCAGGGUGCGGGACAGCGUGGAGACCCUGCUCCUGAAAGAACUGAACUCUCUGAAACAGCCAGAUAUGCCACAGCAAGUACGCUUCCUGCCAACCACUGUAGAAGGAAAUGCUGGGAAAGAGCUGACCCUUACUGUUACCCAGUUGCCUGUUCUGGCUGCCCACCCACUAGUUAGAGGACCAAACUUCACUCACUUGAAAAUUGGAGUAGGUCACCGGCUGGAUACAAAGUCAUCUGGAGUGCUUGUGCUUGGAGUAGGCCAUGGGAACAAGCUGCUCACUGAUCUGUAUGAUGCCCAUCUUACCAGGACUUAUACUGUUCGUGGACUGUUUGGCAAAGCCACAGAUGACUUCUCGGAUACAGGCAAGCUAAUAGAGAAGACCACAUUUGAUCAUGUCACAAGGGACAAGCUGGAACGGAUUCUUGCUGUCAUUCAGGGAACCAAUCAUAAAGCUCUACUGAUGUAUUCUAAGAUUGACCUGAAAACUCAAGAGGCCUAUGAGCUGGCUGUUGAAGGUUUAAUUCGCCCAAUGGAAAAAACCCCUCCAUUAAUCACAGCAAUUCGAUGCCUGCAAUUUGCACCUCCAGAAUUCCAACUAGAAAUCCAGUGUUUGCAUGAGACCCAGAAGUACCUUCGAAAGGUAGUUCACGAGAUUGGCUUGGAGCUGAAAUCAACUGCUGUGUGCACCCAGGUGCGGCGGAUACGGGAUGGCUUUUUUACAUUAGACAGUGCUCUCCUGCGAACACAUUGGAAUCUGCGGAAUAUCCGGAAAUCAAUUCAAGACUCUAGGAUCAAAGUGCAAGUGGAGCUUCAGAGAAACUUGGGCCACCAGGCUAAGAGUGGUGAAAGACAUACCAAUAUGGAUCAGGUUACAGAGAGUGAACUGCACAGGACAGAGGGAAUAUCUGCAAGCAAUAUCUCACCAUAUGCUGACUGAAAGGUGGAGAGUAAUACGAAGGAAAAAUAGUGGUUGCAAUCCAUAAUUAGCCCUUCUGUGGUGUGGGCCUUGAUAUACUAAGGGUUGCUUAUGUUUUCAUUCAGGCAAGACAUUUCUCCAUUGACAGGCAGAAUAUUUUUUUAAAUAUUGCACAACAUUAGCAUAACUGUUGAUAUGUGAGAUGAGUGUGCAUUUCCUUGCAAAGCCAAAAAAAUUCCUACUGACUUCAAUGGAAAUGUCAGGUUGGCAAGGGAUGCUCUUGAUUUAGAGGCAGGAAUACAACCAAUGCAUGUGUUGCAGGCUUCACUCCUUUUAUUCUCUUUAUACUCCCUGUAACAGAGUAUGACCUAAGUGGUUCUUUUCUCAAUUAACUAAUCUUUUUACAUGAAAGGAGUAGAACUUUCUUGGUUUGAACAAGAAAUGGCUCUGCACAGGAGAAACUACUGUGUAAGCAACUAGGACAAAAGUAAGGUAAUACUAAUUUGGAUUAGAUUAGUGAGACAGCCAGUUGGAGGGGAGAGGUAGGUUUAUUUUAGAGCACUGGCGUGGGAUGUAAUAACAAAAAUAUACUGGAGUGAAUUAAAAUCCAAGUUGAUAUAA